CGGAUGACAAAUAAGAGCCGAAGUAUGAAGUACGUGCAGUUGGAUGGGAGAGCGGGUCCCAGCCGCACGCCCACAAACAGCAGCCUGCUGAGUGCGGAGGGAAGUCAGCCUCGCCGCUCCACGCUAAGUGCUCCUUCACACCCUUCCAUCCCCUUUCCCGUCCGAGCAGAGGGGAGCAAGCAGCCCGUUUGCUAAAAGGAGACCUCACCGAGUGAUUGGGGGGAGGCGAGGGCUCGAUCGGUCAGGCUGCCGCCGCUUUAUUGCCUUGCACUGAGAUCGAUGGAUGAAUGUUUGGGAACGUGCCUUGUUGCGUCGCCUGCCAUGUGAAAAGGAUGCAUUAACUGAGAAGAACCGACGAUUUUGUCCGAAUUUCUUUUUGCAAGAUUUUAUUUUUUUAUUACCGAUGUUGUAUUUUUUUGCGAAAAAAGACGAAAGGAUUUUUUAUUGUUUCUCCAGCUCCUGCUAGUUUGCUAAUAGGCUAGCUACCCAAGCGACCCCCAAAAAGAGCCGCGGAAUCGUGCGGUAGGUGGCUCAGAGAUUGGAUGACUGUCCCCCCCCCGCACCGGACACCAUGAGCACCAUCUCCCCCACCGACUUCGACAGCCUGGAGAUCCAGCAGCAGUAUAAUGACAUCAACAACCGCUGGGACCUGGCAUCGGAGGCUGACUGGGACAACGAGAACAGCUCGGCCCGCCUCUUCGAGCGCUCGCGGAUCAAGGCCCUGGCAGUGGAGAUGGAGUUCGAGCGGAAGCCCAGCGAGUCCUGCCUGUCGCCGGCCGCCUUCAUCAACCAGGCGCAGUACUCCAACAUCCUGGAGGGCAGGUUCAAGCAGCUGCAAGAUGAGCGUGAGGCCGUUCAAAAGAAGACUUUCACCAAGUGGGUCAACUCCCACCUGUCCCGUGUCACGUGCCGCAUCGGCGACCUCUACACCGACCUCCGUGAUGGCCGCAUGCUCAUCCGCCUGCUGGAGGUGCUGUCCAAUGAGCAGCUGCCCCGGCCCACGAAGGGCCGCAUGCGCAUCCACUGCCUGGAGAACGUGGACAAGGCGCUGCAGUUCCUCAAGGAGCAGAAGGUCCACCUGGAGAACAUGGGCUCCCACGACAUCGUAGACGGCAACCACCGGCUCACCCUGGGCCUGAUCUGGACCAUCAUUCUCCGCUUUCAGAUCCAGGACAUUAGUGUGGAGACGGAGGACAAUAAGGAGAAGAAAUCAGCCAAAGAUGCUCUUCUGCUGUGGUGUCAGAUGAAAACUGCAGGGUACCCCAAUGUCAACAUCCAUAACUUCACCACCAGCUGGAGAGAUGGCCUGGCUUUCAACGCUAUUGUGCACAAACACAGGCCUGACCUGAUAGAGUUCGACACACUGAAGAAGUCGAAUGCACACCACAACCUGCAGAAUGCGUUCAACAUGGCGGACAAGGAGUUGGGCUUGACUAAACUGCUGGAUCCCGAGGAUGUCAACGUGGACCAGCCAGAUGAGAAGUCCAUCAUCACUUAUGUGGCCACCUACUACCACUACUUCUCCAAGAUGAAGGCCUUGGCGGUGGAGGGCAAAAGGAUCGGCAAGGUGCUGGACUACGCCAUCGAGGCCGACCAGCUGGUGGAGAAAUACGAGACUCUGGCAUCAGAGCUGCUGCAGUGGAUCGAGCAGACCAUCCACACCUUGAAUGACCGGAAACUGGCCAACUCUCUGACCGGUGUGCAGAACCAGCUGCAAGCCUUCAACACCUACCGCACUGUGGAGAAGCCUCCCAAGUUCACAGAGAAGGGAAACCUGGAGGUCCUGCUUUUCACCAUCCAGAGCAAGAUGAGAGCCAACAACCAAAAGGUCUACAUGCCAAAGGAGGGCAAACUCAUCUCCGACAUCAACAAGGCAUGGGAGCGGCUGGAGAAGGCGGAGCAUGAGCGGGAGCUGGCGCUUCGCAAUGAGCUGAUUCGCCAGGAGAAGCUGGAGAUGCUGGCGGCCCGCUUUGAUCGCAAGGCGGCCUUGAGGGAGACCUGGCUGAGUGAGAACCAGCGCCUGGUGUCCCAGGAUAACUUUGGCGUGGACCUAGGCGCGGUGGAGGCAGCCACGAGGAAACACGAGGCCAUCGAGACAGACAUCAUGGCGUACGGCGAGCGUGUGGCCGCCGUGGAGGCAGUGGCGCGUGAGCUGGAGACUGAACGGUACCACGACGUGCGGCGCGUGCUGGCCCGGCGUGACAACGUACUGCGGCUCUGGGAGUAUCUGCGUGAGCUGCUGGCUGCACGCCGUGAGAGGCUGCUGGGCCACCGUGACCUACAGAGGCUGCUACAGGAGAUGAGCUACGUCAUGGACUGGAUGGCCGACAUGAAGGGGCGCCUGCAGUCCCAGGACACCGGGAAGCACCUGUAUGACGUGGAGGACCUGCUGCAGACCCACACGCUGGUGGAGGCAGAUAUCUCGGCCCAGGCGGACAGGGUGCGGGCCGUGCAGGCCGCGGCCCAGCGCUUCACCAGCAGCGAGCCCACCUACAAGCCAUGCGAGCCGGCGCUGGUCAGCGAGAAGGUGUCCCAGCUGGGCCAGGCCUACGAGCAGCUGGUCCAGCUGGCGGCAGAGCGGCGGAGCCGCCUGGAGGAUUCACGUCGCCUCUGGCAGGUGCUGUGGGAGCUGGGCGAGGAGGCGGCCUGGAUGCGCGAGCAGGAGCAGAUCCUGGCGGGCGCCGACUGCGGCCGCGACCUCACCUCCGCCCGGCACCUGCUCAGCAAGCACGAGGCCUUCCGCGACGAGAUGGCCGCCCGCUACGGGCCACUCAGCAACAGCAUCGCCGCCGGGGAGGCCCUGGUGCAGGAGGGACACUUUGAAGCCCCGAAGGUUGUGGAGAGGAUAAAGGACAUUCGAGAACAAUGGGCCCACUUGGAGCAGGCAUCCCAGCUGCGGCACAGGCUCCUCCAGGAGGCCGUGGCCCUGCACCAGUUCCAGACAGACGCCAAUGACAUGGAGGCCUGGAUCCUGGAGACGCUGCGGCGUGUGUCCAGCACGGAGGUGGGCCACGACGAGUUCUCCACGCAGACGCUAGCGCGCAAGCAGCGCGAGGUGGAGGAGGAGAUCCAGAGCCACCGCACACUCAUCGACUCGCUGCACGAGCAGGCGGCAGCCCUGCCCCCCGCCCAUGCCAACUCACCGCAGGUGGAGGGCCGGCUGCCAGCCAUCGAGCAGCGCUACGAGGAGCUGGAGGCCCUGUCGGCCGCGAGACGCAAGGCCCUGGAGGGUGAGCUGGCCCUGUACCGUAUGUUCAAUGAGGCGGGCGCCUGCCAACUCUGGAUCGGGGAGAAAGAGCAGUGGCUGGACAGUAUGGAGAUUCCCAGCAAGCUGGAGGACUUGGAGGUGGUGCAGCAGAGGUUUGAGACUUUGGAGCCAGAGAUGAAUAAUAUAGCGACCCGCAUCGAUGAUGUAAACCAGGUGGCGCAGCAGCUUCUGAACUCAGACCACUGCAGCAAAGACCAGAUCCACCAGACCCAGGACCAGCUCAACACCAGGUGGAAGGACUUCCAGCAGCUUGCUGACCAGAGGAAACAGGCGCUGGACUCUGCCCUCAACAUCCAGAACUAUCAUCUGGAGUGCAAUGAGAUCCAGAGCUGGAUGAAGGAGAAGACUAAAGUUAUCGAGUCCACCCAAGGUCUGGGUAAUGAUCUGGCUGGUGUCAUGGCCCUACAGCGGAAGCUCACGGGCAUGGAGCGAGACCUUGAAGCCAUCCAGGGCAAACUGGAUGACCUGUGUCAAGAGGCGCAGAAACUGGCCCAAGAACAUCCUGAUCAAGGUGACGAGAUCCAAGCCAGGCUGCUGGAGAUCCAGGAUGUGUGGAAAGAGCUUAAUGGCACCAUGAAAGGACGUGAGGAGAGCCUGGGUGAGGCCAGCAAGCUGCAGGGCUUCCUGCGGGACCUGGACGACUUCCAGGCCUGGUUGUCCCGCACCCAGACAGCCGUGGCGUCCGAGGACAGUCCCACAUCUCUGGCUGAGGCUGAACGCCUUCUGGCGCAACACAAGACCAUCAAGAACGAGGUGGACAACUACAAGGAGGACUAUGAAAAGAUGCAGGCCUUGGGGGAGGAGGUUACCCAGGGCCAGACGGAUGCCCAGCACAUUUUCCUGGCCCAGAGGCUACAGGCGCUGGACACCGGCUGGCACGAGUUGCACCGCAUGUGGGAGAAUCGGCAGAAUCUGCUGACCCAGGCUUCCGACUUCCAAACUUUCUUGAGGGAUGCCAAGCAGGCUGAGGGUUUCCUCAACCGGCAGGAAUAUACUUUGUCCCACAUAGAAACACCCUCAAGUCUACAGGCAGCAGAGAAUGCCAUCAAAAGGCACGAGGGCUUCAUGAACACGAUGGAGGUCAACGAGGAGAAGAUUAUGAGUGUUGUAGACACUGGGUUGCACUUGGUCAACACGGGCAACGCUAAUGCGGACAAGGUCCAAGAGAAGGUGGAUUCCAUCCAAGCCAGGUAUGAGAAGAACAAAAAAGAUGCCAGUGAGCUUCUGGCAAAGCUGAAGGACAAUCGUGAGCUUCAGCACUUCUUGGAGGAUGGUCAGGAGCUGAGUCUCUGGAUAAACGAGAAGAUGCUCACAGCCCAGGAUAUGUCCUACGAUGAAGCCAGGAACCUCCACAGCAAGUGGCAGAAACACCAGGCUUUCAUGGCUGAGUUGGCUUCCAACAAGGACUGGCUGGACAAGAUCGACAGGGAAGGACAGACAUUGGUGCGCGAGAAGCCAGAACUGGAGCCAGAGGUGAAUCAGACCCUGGCAGGGCUCCAGCAGCAGUGGGAGGAGCUGGAGGCUACCACCCGCACCAAGGCGCAGUGCCUCUUUGAUGCCAACAGGACAGAGCUCUUGACACAGAGCUGCUCUGCCUUGGACUCUUGGCUGAAGAACCUGUCCUCCCAAGUGCAGAGCGACGACUUUGGUAAAGAUCUGACCAGCGUCAACAUCCUCCUGAAGAAGCAACAGAUGUUGGAGCACCAGAUGGAGGUGCGAGAGAAAGAGGUGCAGUCGCUGCAGGCCCAGGCCCAGGCCCUGUCCCAGGAGGAGGCCGGCCUGGUGGAGGUCGACUGCCAGCGGAUGCAGGUGGCCGAGAGCUUCUCCCAGUUGGCUGAACCCAUCAAACAGCGACGGCAGCUCCUCCUGGCCUCCAAGGAGGCCCACCAGUUCAACCGUGACCUGGAAGAUGAGAUUCUGUGGGUCAAAGAAAGGAUGCCUUUGGCGACCUCUACAGAUCAUGGGCGAGAUCUACCUAGUGUGCAGCUUCUCAUGAAGAAAAACCAGACCCUGCAGAAGGAGAUCCAGGGCCAUAAGCCCCGCAUCGAUGACAUCCAAGCCCACGGGCACUCCAUGGCUCUCGCUGAGAAGGGCCAGGCCGACCUGGAGGAGCGCUUGGCGGAACUGCGAGACUCCUGGGCGACGCUGAUCUCCGAGACGGAGAAACGGCAUGGCCGGCUGGCGGAGGCCCAGAACGCCCAACAGUUCUACGCGGACGCCGCCGAGGCCGAGGCCUGGAUGGGGGAGCAGGAGCUGCACAUGAUAUCAGAGGAGAAGGCCAAGGAUGAGCAGAGCGCCCUGGCGAUGGUGAAGAAGCACCAGGUGCUGGAGCAGGCCCUGGAGGACUAUGCCCAGACCAUCCACCAGCUGGCUAACAGCAGCCGGCUCAUGGUGACCAGCGAGCACCCUGAGAGUGAGCGGAUCACGCUCCGGCAAGCCCAAGUGGACAAGCUGUACGCCGGGCUGAAGGACCUGGCAGAGGAGCGUCGCGGCCGCCUGCAGGACCGCCUGCGGCUCAUGCAGCUCAAGCGGGAGGUGGACGACCUGGAGCAGUGGAUCGCCGAGCGGGAGGUAGUGGCUGGUUCCCACGAGCUGGGCCAGGACUACGAGCACGUCACGAUGCUGCGGGACAAAUUCCGUGAGUUUGCCCGUGACACGAGCACCAUCGGACAGGAGCGCGUGGACAGCGUCAACGCCCUGGCAGAUGACCUCAUUGAGUCGGGCCACCCGGAGAACGCCAGCGUGGCCGAGUGGAAGGACGGCAUGAACGACUCCUGGGCCGACCUCCUGGAGCUGAUGGACACGCGUACGCAGAUGCUGGCCGCCUCCUACGAGCUGCACCGCUUCCACCAGGACGCCCGCGAGGCACUGGGACGCGUGCGAGAGAAGCACGAGGCGCUGCCCUCCGAUUUGGGCCGCGACCUCAACUCCGUGCAGCAUCUGCACCGGCAGCACACCGCCUCCGAACACGACAUCCAGGCCCUCAGCGGACAGGUCCGGCAGGUGCAGGAAGACGCAGAGCGGCUGCAGAAGGCAUACGCCGGAGAGAAGGCCGAGGACAUUGAGAAGCACGAGCGCGCCGUGGCGGGGGCCUGGGAGGCUUUGCAGGCAGCCAGCCAAGCUCGCCGGCUCCUCCUGCUGGACACGGUGGAGAAGUUCCGCUUCUUAAACAUGGUGCGCGACCUCAUGCUCUGGAUGGACGGCGUCAACCUGCAGAUCGAUGCCCAUGACAGCCCCAGGGACGUCUCGUCAGCCGGCCUGGUCAUCGCCAACCAUCAGGACAUCAAGUCUGAGAUGGAGGCCCGAUCUGACAGCUUUGCCGCAUGCCAUGAGAUGGGCACCAUGCUCAUCAAAAAUAAACACUAUGCUUCUGACGAGGUGCAGGAGAAACUGGACCAGCUGCAGGAGAAACGGGAUGAAAUCAACAACAAGUGGCAGGAGAAGAUGGACUACCUUCAGAUCGUGCUGGAGGUGCUGCAGUUCGGGCGUGACUCCUCGGUGGCCGAGUCCUGGCUGGCAGGGCAGGAGCCGCUGGUGCGGGCGGCUGAGCUGGGCUCCAACGUGGACGAGGUGGAGAGCCUCCUCAAGCGGCACGAGGCCUUUGAGAAGCUGGCCGCCGGCUGGGAGGAGCGCUUCGUGCAGCUGGAGAAACUCACCACGCUUGAGGAGCGGGAACUACAGAGGAGGAGAGAGGAAGAGGAAAGAGCAAGGCGGCCUCCCACACCCCCGCCUGUGGAGGAAGUGGUACAGUCUGAAGAUAGCAUGGAGCACCUGUCUGCUGCCAGAACUAGUUUGGACCAGACCACUCUUAACCAGUCUGUGCCUGUGAAUGGUGUCUACAGCGAUCAAGACACAUCCCUGGGAUCAGAGAUGGACUCCGUCAAUGGGCCUGGCCAUGAAGGCGGGCGAGCGUCCCCCAUCCGCCAGGAAGCCCCCGUCCCCAUAGCAGAGUCCAGCAGGAGCCCCGCGGAGGCGGGCAGCCCAGGGACCAUCGAAGGCAUGCUGUGCCGCAAACAGGAGAUGGAGUUGCAUAACAAGAAGGCGGCAAACAGGUCCUGGCAAAACGUUUACUGCGUGCUGUGCAAGGGCAGCCUGGGCUUCUACAAGGACAGCAAGAGUGCGUCCAGCGGGGCAGCCUACCACGGGGAGGUGCCCGUGAGCCUCACCCAUGCCAGCUGUGAGGUGGCGCACGACUAUAAGAAGAGGAAGAAUGUCUUCAAGCUGCGGAUUGCAGAUGGAAAGGAGUACCUGUUCCAGGCUAAAGAUGAGGCUGAGAUGAGCUCCUGGAUCCAAUCCAUCCUACCGUCCACCACGCCAACAGAGACACCCAGAGACCAGUCCCCCAUGGGCCCGAAGGUCCUCACCAGAGCCAUGACCAUGCCCCCCAUUUCCCCCACCUCUGCGGAAGCCGGCAGCGUUACCAUGCGCAACAAGGACGGCAAGGAGCGGGAUCGCGAGAAGCGCUUCAGCUUCUUCGGCAAGAAGAAGUAGAGACAAAACACACUUCAGGCGAACGUUUGGCUCUGAAACAUGCUGAGAUUCCUCACGGUCUCUGUCCACAGGAUCCUCUCACCAUAAAACCCAAUCCAUACUCCUUGUAUCUGUGUGGUCUUAAUUGGACCUGUAAGAUUUGAUAGUCUGGGUUCUGUUCGUCUUAUUACUAUGUAAAAGGUAAACGGUCAGGGCACAGCAUUAAAUGGGUGACCUUCAUCAGGGGAGAAAUCAAGAGGUGUAGAAUAACUCUACCAGUAAGGCCAAGAGUGAACUCGGUGGAAACAUACAGAUCCAUUUUGUUGUCUUAUCCAUUAGCACAGCUGUAGCGUUAACCUUCAUUGGCCAGAUGUAAACAACCAACCAACCAAUGACAACUUUACUCAAGUUGUAUAAGAGGUUUAGUUUAAGGGUGUCUUUGGCUAAACUUCUAAAUAUAAUCAGCCUGACGGUGAGCUCUUGUGCUAAUGGCCCUGCUCCGAUGUUCUCUUCAUAAAAUUGUCUGAAGGAGAUUGUUUCUUUUGAUUAAAAUUAUAAAUAUUGUUAUUUACCUUUUUUUUUUUUUUUGCUCAUGCUGAUUUUAAGAAAAUGUUCAUAAGUCUGGGGAAAAGCUUGUGAAACUUUACCAAUCUUUACAAAUACAUGUAGGUCGCCGGGAAAUUUUCUGAGUUCAGGUUUUGUUUGUUUUUAUUGAAGAACAACAUUAUAAAUGAAAGGAAUGGAGAAUAUCGAGUGUCGGGUUUGGUAAAAACAGCGAAAAUGUAAUUUUAUUGUAUUUUAUCCUUUUGUAUUUCAUAUAGUUGUCCCUGCCUCCACUUAACAAAUUAGAGAUUCUAGUAUUGAAGCAGUUAUUGACUUGUUAAUUUUGUGGGUCUGUUUGAGAAAACUAUCCUUCUUAUUGCAAAAAUAACAUAUCUAAUGAUAUGGGGUGAUUCUGGUAUCUGAUUUAAAACGGUUUUUGCUUUCAUUUCCUUAUGUAAAAAUGUUGCCUAUUUUUUCAGCUGUCUUUCAGGGAGUUUAUUCUGUUAAACACUAAAAAUUAAAAAACAAAAAAACAAAAAUUGUCCUGAAAAUGGUUAAUGAUGAAAAGUGAUGUCCCAGGGAAGGAAUCCAUUUGGGAUUUAUUUUUGAGAUCUUUUGGUUUGGAAAAACAUUUGCUCAGAUAAUGGCUGAAUAUCAGUGGAUGGUUUUACAACAAAUAAUUCUUAAAGAUAAUUAAUCCUUUAUUUUAAAACGCACGUCAGUGCCAGGGAUAUAGCAUAACAGCGGCUGAGGUGCAGUACUGUCCGUAGACAUUUUUAUUGCUUAUUGUCUCCCUAGACCUUUUGAGGUUGAGAUGUCUGAGCAAGCCCUUGUGGAAACGAGUAUAGAAAUGGUUGGUCUGUCUAAGGGGCAUCACUGCUGAACCCUGCAAGAUGCCCUCUGUGUCUUCCUGGUGUGGAAUGAUCGCGCGCCUAUUCAUGAAUUCUCACUGGCCAGGCUCUCUUCCUGAUGCCUGCGUGUUCCUCUAGAUUCCAGAGGCAAAAUGGGAUGAUACUGUGAAGCCUGGGAAGAAGGACCAGGCGGAGUGUCAUGCAGCAGCUGGCUGCCACACAUUCCUCAUUACCCUUAUUUUUCUACUUCAUGCCUCAUGUUUUUUUUCUAAUUGAGCUAAGAGAAGUAUGAGGGCAGGGGUGAGCUGGAGAUUUGAUGCAAAGACAACAGCGCGUACAUUUGCACUAUACAAAUCAUACAUCAUACAGGAGGUAUCUGGGAACCUGCUCUCAAGGCAAAAGAUUGAGAAUGAAAGAGUAGAAUCCCAGCUAGUAAAAGUAUAAAAGUACUAAAAGUAUCCGCUUGAUCUGUUGUGCUACCAGUGGUGGGGGUUCAGUGCUCUAAGUGUACCUGGCCUUCGACCGGCAAUUUGGUAUUACUCAGUAUCUGUCACGGUAAAGGCCGGUCACAGCUUCCAUUCUCCGUAGCAAAACCAUGAUCAUCAGUCUGUCAGGAGAGACUGAGCUCAUGAGGUUUGGCUUCAAUGAGAUGUUGAUCUUCCAGGGAAGGGGCCUUCAAAGACAGAUGUUCGCUAUCCAUCAGUUCCUGCUUCACGCUCUGUCUGCUUAUAAUGUCAUUUUUCUAGCAUUUGGAAUAUUUACUUAUUAGCUUGCUGGCUAGGUUUUGACAUAAAUGCCUCACUCAUGCUAGAAAUGCGCAUGAGCAUUCUACAUGGUCAGAGAAGAAUCCCUUCAUCCUGGAUGAGAAAGCUGUUGAGUCAAGCAUGGCUGAUUUCGCUAACAGGCAUAAAAUUAACAGCUUGAUUGUACUGGAAUAAUGUGACUUUAUGGAUGCUUUGCUGCCCGUGCACCUGAUGAGAUUUGCCCCUAGUACCUUGCUCAGGAUAAGAUGUUGGGAGAUUGAUGUAUGUUCUGUUGUGUUCUGAUUGGAGAAGAAUGAGAACUUACCAUAGAUUGGGAGAUACAGGGAAUGUUUUGCAAUAGUAGUGUGAAAAUAUUAUCCUAACUCAUGAACUAUUAAGAUAAACACUUUUGUUAUUCCUGAGAUAUUAAGUGUAAAACUAAAGAAAAAUUACUGUAUUUAAGCAAUAUAAAGGUCUUAUGUUUGGAAAAUCUCUUGAGUGUUCAACUGUUUUGAUAUUUUAUAUCAUGACAAAGCAACCUCUUACAAAAAAAUGUUGAUUUUAAAAAUAUGGUCAUCUCAGUUCUGUUGUUAAUUUACUUACCCUGAGUCACUGCCACUGCUACAAUUUGUUAUUGUUUCUACUACUAGUUAGGUAUUGCUACUACUGCUAGUUAUAUAUUUCAAUGACUACUGUUUGUAGAUACAUUGGUAAUGUCAGAUCUCACGAUAUGUCAGUGUGCUAUGUAGCAUUUCCACUGUCUACUUGUAUACUUAUAUCAAAUUGGACAAAAUAAAUGGAAGCUUGAGCAGCU